GAGCUUUCCACGCUGACUGGCACUCAAGUCCUGCUGCUGGUGGCCAGUGAGACGGGCCAUGUGUACACGUUUGCCACGCGGAAGCUGCAGCCCAUGAUCACCAGUGAGACGGGGAAGGCGUUGAUCCAGACGUGCCUCAAUUCCCCAGACUCGCCCCCGCGCUCGGACCCAACCACUGACCAGCGCAUGAGCGCCACGGGCUUUGAGGAGACGGACCUCACCUACCAGGUGUCCGAGUCAGAUAGCAGCGGGGAGACCAAGGACGCACUGAAACCAGCGUUCACUGUCACCAACCUGCCGGGGACAACAUCCACCAUCCAGACAGCCCCCACCACCUCAACCUCCAUGCAGGUCAGCAGUGGCCCGUCAUUCCCCAUCACUAAUUACCUGGCGCCAGUGUCUGCCAGCAUCAGCCCCAAUGCCGUCACCAGUGCCAACGGGACAGUGCUGAAGACUACUGGAGCCAGUGCAGUGACAUCUGGGGGCCUCAUGCCAAUACCCACCAGCUUCACCCUCAUGUCAGGUGGUACCAUGGCUCAGCAGGUCCCAGUCCAGGCGAUCCAGGUGCACCAGGCACCGCAGCAAACGUCUCCCUCUAGUGACAGCAGCACUGACCUUACCCAGACCUCUUCCAGUGGAACAGUGACCCUCCCGGCGACCAUCAUGACGUCGUCUGUGCCAACCACUGUGGGUGGCCACAUGAUGUACCCCAGCCCACAUGCGGUGAUGUACGCGCCCACACCUGGCCUUGCGGACGGCGGACUUGCAGUCCUCAACGCUUUCUCACAGGCGCCCUCAGCGAUGCAGGUGUCCCACGGCCAGGUCCAGGAUCAGGGUGGCGUUCCCCAAGUGUUCCUGACAGCCCCAUCAGGCACCGUUCAGAUCCCAGUCUCAGCUGUCCAGCUUCACCAGAUGGCUGUCAUCGGGCAGCAGAGCAGCAGUGGCAGCAGCCUGACGGAGCUGCAGGUGGUCAACUUGGACACCUCACACAGCGCCAAGAGUGACUGAGAGGCCUCUGCUGCCGGCCUUGUGCUGUCCCUGGCUUGUCAUGCCAGUGCCGGGGCUGGCGGCAAUUCCUUCUCGUACAGACUGCACCAGUUAUUUAUUGUUGCCUUUUCACGUUUCCUUCAUCCACACAUGCACACACACACACACACGCACCCACCCACCCACCCACACACACACAUACACACAGGCAUGCGCGUGGGGCUGCAGGACCCACCUAGGGUGGAGCUGUGCUGGGGCCG